CGUGCCCAAGGAAGUAGGAGAAUGAUACUACGUUGUAUUCCUCCAAAUACUUUAUAAAUAUAUUCACUUUCUUGUAUAUUCAUAUUAGCUAUCUAUCAUAUAAGUACUCAGAAUGGUGAAACUGAAUGUUUGCAGAUUUUCAGUAAGACUUUGAAAGAAACAGUAUAUAAUACAAAGUGCUUUUUUUUUUGUCUUGGGCAGAACUCUUUAUGUAGAAUAUAGCACCACGUUGUGAGUUUGUCCUGCAUCCCCACACAGGGGACAACAGACUGUAGACAUAAAUAAAACCAUCUGAAAAGGACUUUUAUUUAUUUAUUUAAUUAUAAGCUUGCCCAUGAGGGUAGUACCAGCGAAUGAGUUUACUAAUGGAAGGUGGUAGAUCUCAAAGGGUUCAAGACUCAGCACAGAUAUCUCUCUUCUAUACUCCUUAAUGUGUUAAAUCAAAAGGAAUACUCCCUAUUCUGAGGCAAAAACAAACUGCCUUACUUUCAGGUCUCAUCAGGACCUGAUGAACUGAGUUUGAGUUUGACACAUAAAAAUAUUCGAAAUGGAAAAUCUUUUUAUUGCAUUAUGUAAAUUACUUUGCAUGUUUCUCUUAAAGAUGCUGCAUCUUAAACGUGCUGCAAUAAAGACAGCGUCUCAGCAAAGCAACUAUAGUUUGGAACCUGAUGUACUGGGGGGAAUAUUAGAUAAUAUAUAAUUUCCAAAAGGGUUUAGGCUAAUGAACUGGAAUACGUGUAACUAGUGGGCUCUUUUCAUUCAGGAGUGGUGGACUUCACUGUUCAUAAAACCCACCAAAGUGACAAUGAGUUUUCAGUCAUGGUGACAUUUGUUAUGAAGAUAUCUAUGUUCAAACUUGCCCGUCUUUGAGGAUCCUGUCCACUGCCUCUGCACACCCUUGCACGGUGCAGAACUGCACUAAUUCAUGUGUCAUGUGUACACUGCUGUGGGCACAUGGUCUCAUGUCACUUUUGAUGUCUUCAUGAGUCUGUGGAGUUAGGCCUUUGUGAAAAGGGAGGGUAGAGAGAAGACUGACAAUCCAGGGUCACCUGUAUUAGCAAAAAAUCAGGCAAGUGAACUUCCUUCAGAUGGAAUGUGGCAUUAGAACUAUUUAAAUGUGGAUUAAAGGAACUGAUUUGGUUUGAACUGAUGUCAAGAAGAUGCUGUUAAGGAGUUGAAAGACUGUGGGCAUUUUAGAGUCUUAUCUCAUCUACUUGCCUCAGGACCCAUCAUGCCUUUUGUUGUGUGCCCAUUAGCUGAAGGAGUCAAAGUUGCUGAACUCUUUGAUUUGCAGUCCCUCAUCUUAGAAGGUGAUUUAGAAAGCUACUUUCCCUGCUUUUUGUCAGUCACAGGAUCUUUCUCUCAAUGUGGAGAGAAAUGCUGUUACAGCUGGAGCCCAAAGCUGAUUAAUAUGUGGUUAUCUGUUUCUUGCACUCUGAAAUCACCCACACAAGCAAGUUUCUCCUGCUGCAGUUUACCCCACCUCUACUUAGGCCUUCUAGAAAAUACCCUUUAAAAAAAAAGUCUUUGUCUUCAGUUUUCUAUAGUAACACACAAGAGUCAGUCGCUUAUUGCUGAAGGAUUGAAACAUAUUCUGUAUCCUAGUAUAUCCUUUUAUGACAGGAAGGCCCUCUCAGUUGCAAAAGUUGGGGUGAAAUGAUGAGCAUUUUUUUGAGGAAGGAAUAUUGAAGGCUCUGCAGACAGUACUGAGCACUAAUUUUGAAGAGAAACAUGCACAUGAAUCCUGCCUGUGUGGUAACAACCAUCAGGAAAUGGGGGUCUAUCGACUCCAUGUUCACCUAAAGUGAAAACCUGUGUGCUGUUCUUGCCGUGAGCUGUGAGAACAUCUUGAAGUCUUCACUAACACUUAUCACUAACAAAUGGAAGCUUUCCCUCAGUCCCGUGUCGAUUUUUUUUAUUCCUUUUUUUAUUCGGGGUUUUUUUAUUCCUUCCCUCUUCCUUUGUCAGUUUUGUGAAUACGAAUGCAAUAACCCUUAUGGUUAAGAACCCAUCUUUGCUGUCUAGUUUUCUCUUGUUCAAGAUUGUCAGGAGCUUUGGGGAGCAGUAGAGAAGGAUGCAGAGAUUUCAGUGAGACUAGGGAAGCACAAAUUGUCAUGACAAGGGGAACAGUGUGGAGAAACAUCCCUGUUUGGUGUGCAGCAGAGAUCAUAUGCUGCAUCCAGAUUAAGAAGCGGACACUGCGAGAUCUUGCUUCUCCAGUCAUCCAGGUCAAAAUAGAGCAUGAUCUGCCUACCUGGUUGUGCACAUACUCCUUUUCUGUCUGUGGCAAUGAAGCAUAUAUGGAAAAUGAAUUGCUAGCACAUGCCAAACUCUUACUUCAGUGUAGGGUCAAGUCAUGACUGGAGCAAACGUGCAUUGAGAUUGAGCCUAACUGUUACAGACUUUGUUUAAACAGAGUUUAAAAAAAGGCUCUUUAGGCUACCUUGUAGACAGCGUGGGAAGGAAAAAAGAGAUUAAUACUUGUGAAAAAGUUUUUGUGAACGUUUUGUCUUUUGUAUAUUCUUGCUUUUAUUGCCUAGAUGUCUAAGCAGGAAGAGAGAAUUCAUUGUUAACAUUGUCAUUGGGGAUAUUGCAUAAAUGUGGAUAUCAGGGAACAAUUUGUGGCUUUUUCAAUUGUUUGUGAUGUCUGUUUUUAAUUUGGGAAUGCUUGAAUUGUCUGCUUUCUCCUUACAGGGACCAUUGAGCUCUUCAUUCAUUAGCUAGUGGAGAGGAGUAUAGGUAAUUCACUUUUAGCAUAGGGUGACCUAGCAUAUCAAAUGACUGUUAAGCUCUGAGUGUGCUUGAAGAGGGGGAGGAAAAAUAAAGAGCUUUGGUUUGGUUUGGAUCAUUCUCAGACUUUAUUUUCUGGUUCAUUCUCUGAGUUUACUCCUUUACUUUGUUUAUCAGAGAUAAGUUCCCAAAAGCUUUCAGUGUAACCAGACACAGUGACGCAGAGGUAGGCAUUGUUGCUUCAAGGCCGUGAUUUUUGAUGAACAGAUAAUUCUUGCCUAAAAGGAAGACAAUAACCUAAACAUGAAGCAUUUUUGUAGCAAUUUUGCAUUAUGCUUUUGUCACUAGUACAGGAAGUGCCUGAGGGGAAGACAAGGCUUCUCCUGGACUUUCCUGUUUUCUGCUUCCUGUGGUCAACUUUAAAUACAGCCCCAAAUCAUGUUUAGAAAGUUUUUUUAAAGACGCAAGGUUAGCAAGAAAUUACUUUGAACUCUACAUAGGUAGUUGAGAAUCAGCCUCUACAUCUCUGUGUUAUUGCUACCUCAGUGAAACUCCUGGCUUCUUUUUGGGAACAGGGAAUUUCAUUGUGAAGAGCAAACUGAUAACCAUUAUUAUUGGACAGAGCUUAAAAGCUUUAGUCCCAGGCUGUGGUUGGAUACGCAGAAGCUGUGCAAGCUCGAUCCAACAGGCAGAGCCCCCUGACACUUCUGCCAACAUUGUGCCACAGUUGGUGUGCACAGCUGUGAACUGGCAGCUUGGAGAGCUGGCCAUGCUGUUGGACCUGUGUGCUAUGAAAGAAAAGCAGUGAGAUGGUAGAAUUUGUGUCAUCAUUUGCGUCAUGCAGUUCUUCCCUCUGAAUUUCUUUAGGUGUAUGAACACACUUCUCUUUAGCUACAGAGCUCAUGGGAUGGGCAGCACAGAGUGAAGCAUUGGAUGUGUUUCUCAGGUAAAGGGUGAGGGCAGUGUGGAUGAACAGGCUCUGUCCUAGUCUUGACUGCAAGUUCUGCAGAGUCACCUGGGAGUGAAGGCCAAGCCAGUCUCGGUCUCUAGCACCGCACUGUGGUGUGCAGGACUCAACGUGUUGGAACUGCUUAAGCGUUCCCUUUCCUGCUCAUUCAUUUUGAGCCUAAUGCUUUGAGCUAUUGGUUGCUGCAAACCACAAAUGCUAAGGGACGGCUUUUCUACAAUCUGUUUAAUUUCUGAAGAGCUGAUUGACAAGAUGGUUGGUAUUUUCUGUGUCACAAUGUGUACUCCAAAUAAUAUUGCUUAUUUUCAGUUCAGUUUGCCUCCAGCUGCCAACAUGCCUAUGAGAGUAUGAAGGUAUAUUUCAAAGAAGGCAUUGCUAAUCCCUUAUAUAUAGCUGUAAUUGUAGCAGCUACUUUUUAAAACAGACGUUCUUUGGCGAUUUGUGCCAAAAGUGUAACCAGACUUGGUUGUUAUCCUAUUAAACACCAGGGUAUUUUAUCAAGACUGUCACAAUUUACUGCCAUCGUGCUGUGGUUACUAAAGGUAAGUAAAACCAUGCUGUGUGAAGUAGUAUUAUAGUAUGAACCUAGACUCCACAAACUUCAGAAUCUGGAACACUACAUUCCUCCUUUGUGGUUCCUAAUCAUCUCUCUACAAUCUGAAAAAUUAAUUCAAGUGUAGUUUUGCUCUGAUUUCAUCAUAGCAGAGGUGAAUGGCCCCUUAGUGGUGUCUGACAGAUUAAUAAAGCAUUUCCUUGCUGCUGAUAAGAAAUAAUCCCCAUAUGAAAACCACUACAGAAUCUGUUUUAUGGUUGUGCCCAUGUCCUUCUGGCCUCUUCUGUGAAUGCAUGAGUAAUAAAAUUAACUUCUCAGCACACAGUAUAGCCAUGAUUGAGGAACAGCCUUUCAUUUCCAGAUUCCACCUACAUACUAUCACAAACCACUUACUAUAAAGAGCAGGCAUUAAGGACUGAACAGGAGUAAAGCUCUAGGAAAUAUGAAAUUUACUUUUAGCUUGCUUAGAUGUGCAUUGCAGUAAAUAACUGUAGCAUAUGUCUAGGAAUUAUAUACUGUUUGGAUGAUGUUCACUUUAUAGCACUACUUAGCAUCCAGAAAGAUGUUUAACAUAGAUAUGCCUUUAUUAGUACUCAGUUAAAUUUCUGAGGGGGAAAAAAAACACAAAUAAAAAACCUCAAACAAACAAAAGACCAAACCAACCAACUGAACAUUAAACCAAAUGAAAACAAAACAAAAACCCAAACCGAGCUCAUAAGGUGCCUGAAAGCCCUUUACCAGGUGUAGGUAGUAUUUUAAAAAUAUUUUGCCAUAUUUAUUCCUAGGUGUUACCAAGUGGUAGAUAACACUCAUUUUUGUAAUAAAUAAUUAUGAGUGUUUAUGCUUGUAAAUAUAACAGUGUGGGGGUUUAUUUACUGUCCUAACAUCAGAUAGCUGUUAUUUGCAUUCAAGUGUUUGGCAGUGGGCUGUUGGAAAUAUGGCCAACAUGUAUGUAUAAAAGUAAAUAUGGCCAGUGAAACAGUGUGUGUGUUUGUCUUCAGCAUGCUGAGCCUCACCUCUCUCCUUCUUACAAUAUAUUUUUAAUCAGUCAACAACAGUGCUUGUGUCACAAAGCAAUCAGUCUUAACAAUAGUUUUGGUCUUGAAGGAAUCCUGACAAAAGACUCUGAGGUCCACAUAAGAUAAUCUGGAAUAUGAGUCACUUCCUAAUUCUCUGACUCAUCCCCAUAGAUGAACAAUUUUAUGACUUCUAAGUAAUUGCUUAUGAAUCAUCUGAAGGACUAUAAAGGAAGAUGUAUGGCAAUCAUUUUCAUGCCGGUGUUUUUCUCUGACUGUGGUAGAAUAUCAGUGAGUUGUGAUCAAGGGAGAAGAGCAGUUGCAUGAACAUCUGCAAGAGCACUGGGACUUCACAGAGAGUAGAAUUUGUACAAAACCUGAAAUUUCUUUGUUCUUUUCUUCUUAGAUUUUUUUUUUGGCUUUGUGUUACCUUUUUAUGUCAGUAUUUCUUUCCUUGAAUCAUUGGCCUGUUCUUCAUGUCUCAAUUAUUACACCUUUGUCUGCAAUUUGACCUUGUAAAGCUUGUGCACCUUCUUAGUCUUAACAGCAGUCUCAGCACAACAGAGUCCAGGCUGCACACCUAGGCUUUGGAUCAGAGCCUAAAUUUCCAUGCUGAGUGUUACAGAGAGCUAGAAGUGGGGUCCCCACUGCAUUCUUCAUAUUAAUGGUUUCUGCACUGUAAGAUGAGCAUGAGAUCUCUGUGCUCUGCAGAGGUGGGGUUUCUUCAAGCUCUUUACAAAAUAUGUUUGAUGUUUGUCUGUGCUGCUGCUCCUGCAUGCUCUCAAAUUCCCCUUCUGAGAAGGUUCAAAAGAUGAGAGGCAGUGUCUUAAUGGAGCACAUCUCAUUUCUGACCACCUGUUUUCAUAAGAGCAUGAGUCACUACUGUUUACUCGGUGUCAUCAAGCUGUAACAUUCAGCUCCGAAAAGCUGUAUUUACAGUCAGCCAAAUGAAGCAUGCAUGUAAGUAUAUAAAGCAGAGGGCUCGUCCCUCUGGCUUUUAGAAUAAAAUAUGGUAGUAUCUUCUAAAAACCACUGUGGAUGUUCCUGUUUAAAUUCUGUUAGCCAAGAGACUGAGAUACGUGCAAUUCUUGAGUAAAAUGGCAGAUAUCCAAUGUUCCAAGAAAUCUUGUUGACAAAUUUUUUAAUGUGUCAUGGACUUACCUGAGUAAUUUUGAAGAGAAAUGAAAUAUCUUUUGUGUUGUACAUUAUUUGUGGUGACACUAUGAGCAAAAUUAUAAAUCUGCUUGUAUUAUCUUUGUGACAGGAGGUCAGUACUUUUGUUACAUAUUAUGAAUUUAUGAAUGCAGUACCCCAAUAGCCCUGUUGCAUCUCAGUUACAAAAUAAAACUCUGAGUGAUUUGGUGGAAUUAGAAUGGAAUACAGUAAUAUUGUAAAGCACUCUGUAUCCUAUUACCUAUUUGCAAGUUAUCAGUGGUGGCGUUUCAGUCUCCAAAUAUAACUUAAAAUGCUGUUUGGCUAGGAUAGUAUGUGAUAUAAGAUAGUUUGUAUAGGAAAAUAUUUUCUUUGCUUAUAUAACGGUAUUAACUUGGGAAUGAAAAUCCUACUGACUUGACAAAAUAUACCCACAGUCAUAUAUGAACUUGAAGAUUACUUGAAGACUUCUGACCAUUUUGAAGUGAAGAGCCUAGUCUGUCUGAUCAGGUCUGGUCUGUAAAAACCUGGUCUUUGCUUAGAGGAGUCAGGACUCUACUGGUAUGGGUUGCUGUGAAUGACAAAGCUCUUAUCCAGUGACUAGAAGAGUACUUGUGGCCAGAAUAGCUGGCCCAAGAAUGUUCCCAUCAGCUUUGUGAGGAGGAAUUAUGAGUCAUCUCCAGAGAUUUUCUGUGCAUCACAGAGUUAUGUGGCUGACUGUUUAUAGACUGGACAGUUUUCAAGAAAUCUGUUUCUCCAGUGAAAUUCUGCUGCUGCCUUAGGUCAGUGAUAGAUUUUGUAGUUUCUUUAAGGAGUCUGGGGGUCGGAUACAUGCUUGUCAUCUUGGAAGAGUGUACAGGUUGCUCAUCCUAUGCUUUUAACCAGCUAUAUAAUAAGUACUGUUUACUUUGUGUGAGCAGCUCAAAAGGUGGAAGGUUUGGUUAAUACCCAUCUUCUCCAUUAGCUGUGGUGGUGAUUUUUUGUCAUCCCUAAACUUCCCUUCCUCCUGCCCAAUUUGGGAUUUCCCUGUGUAUUCCGGAAAAGGUCUGAUGAUGCGGUUUUGAGGUUAUGGUCUUUCAGGAAGCUGAAAUCUCCCAGACUCUGCAGGCACGCCAAUCUCUUCAGGUCCUAGAGUUAUUGUUGAAUCUGUGAAGUGUAUGCUGUGCUCAGGAAGAGAAAAAGCAGGAAGGAUUUGCCUGUCCAAAUAUAAACUUCUGCUUUGGAGGUGGUUAUCUUGGUUUCCUCAGCAGUCAGUGGAGAGAAACUGGUGUUGCUGUUGUAUGACCCACCCCAUCCAAGGCAGUGUCUUAACAAUCAUCUGGCUGCUGAGACCAUCAGAAACAAUGUGGUCCAGGUUUCAUCAGAGCAGGACUUGUUCAUGCCAGGGCUAAAUAACCUAUGUUUGCUGUAGAGGCUCAGAGCAUCUUUGCCAUUAGUUGCAAAUUACAUUAUGUUUAUUUGACCCAUGCAUAUUUCUUGACAAUAAUAGCUUGGUUACUGUUGUGACAGGUUUCCAUUUUGUAAUCUGUUGUUUCUUUCCCUGUGUUAAUUGAACAGAGAAAGAAAACAUGCACAGGUUAAGGAAGAUUUUGGCUAUUUUUAACGGCAUAGGUGGCCAAGUGUCUGUCUGUGUGCGUUCAUACUUCAACUGAGAACAAAACUGCAGGUUAUCUGUUUAUAAAAAGUCAAUAAUAGCAGUCUCAUUCCUGUUAAACAGUUAUUCUUAUUUUAGCCUUGUGCUGGCAGAGUGCAGUUUCUGAAGGACUCUGAUUUUGAGUAGGGUCUUCACCACUUCAAGCAGAGGGUUUUGUGUUACAGGAAACUCUGCAUGGUCAUGGCUCUGUCUUGGCUUUAGCUCUCAUCUUCGAGUGUGCCAAAAAGAAUGGUAUUCAAGGGUAGUCUCAAGAGAAUAAUCUUUCUCAAUUAGCCAGGCUUGGUGAACAAAUCCUGGCAAUAUUCCUCUUUCAGGAUCUCGAUAGAAUACUCUGACAGCUAAUGUUUUUUUUUAGACUAUGGAAUCAGACUGGCAGAAUUGCUGGAGUGUUAAUUUACUACCUGGUGUCUGACUUCUGGAGGAAAAGGAAAAAAAACUGGAAAGCACUAGUCUCCCACUGGAAUCUUGGCUUGAGGUGAACAGAUGAAUGACAACAUCUUGGUUCUGCAGUAGGGCUUGUCUGACCUUUCUUUCCUGUGGAGUUGUGAAACAACAAAGUAAACAUUUAACUGAACGUGGCAGCCUGAGACAAUUGGCCCUAUUGUAAAAGGAAUGCCAGUCCCUUUACUCUGCAUAAAUUCUCUUUGCUGCCAAUGCUAAUAGAGCUGCAGUGGAAGAAAGCCAGGCCUUUCAUUGGGCAAGAUCCAAGUUUAAGCAGAAAUACAAAUAGUGUGUACCUCGGUCAGUGGAAGUGUCCUGGAUGCAGCAGGGCUGCCGAGGAUCACCCAUGGUCAGAGCCCUUUCAAAAAUAGCAUAAGAAAUAGAUUUGCAAUACUGAAAUCUUCGAAGUCCUGCCAUGAAGGUUGGUAGGAGUUGUUGGAUAUGACAUAAUUUUUUUUUACUGAUAGAACAAUUCUGGAAUGGAAUUGCUGAGAUGUGUUUCUCAUACAAAGGAACUUCAAACUUUUUUCCUUGAUCUCAUGGCACUGUCAUGACUCUGCAUUCUAAGCUGAGCUAGGCUUCUCAGCAUGAAUAAAACCGUGAGUUCUAAAAUGCUAUAAAUCUACCUGAACUUAAUGUUCAUCCAACUCACAUGUAUGUAGUCUAUUACCUUGUUCCAGGCUUAACAGUUCAUACCAGUCUUCAACUGUGUUUUGUGAUGAUUUUUCAUAAUGUUGUAGUUUGCAUGACCUUCUGCUGAGGAAGAUCUGGCUAAUACUGAUGCACUACUGCUGACCUUGCAUAUAUCCAGUCCAUGAGAACAUUCUUGUUCUACCUUUCUACUGUACUUGCAAAUAAACACUGCAAGUAGAAGCGACAGUCUGGAAAUAGAUUAAUUUUAAUGGUAGUUCUGCCCAUCUGAUAAAUCUGCUGCUCUGCUGUCAGUGCCAUCCCGUCUGUCCCAUUUUUUGGCCUUUUCCAUUUUCAGGAUGUGACUGAAUCCUCCACAUCCUGAUCAGCAGCUGUCUAGGCCAUGAUCUGUGUGGGCAGACUUUGAGUCACUCUGUUUUGUGGUGAGGGUGGAGGUUGAGGCAUGAGGUGAAGGGUAUUUGAAGACUUGUGGAGUGCUUGACUAGCAGCUGACAAAAAAUUUUGAUCAUAAACAGGUAAAUAAGAGGGAGUAGUCUUGGCUGGUCAAAUCUUCCCUUACAGAAGAUAAUUGGGAAAAAGUGAACCUCUUUUGCAGUAGUUGAUAGCAUUGGGAGAUUCUACUCCUGGGUGUUUGCAUGCCUUUGACCCCAGAAAACCUGGAGAGAUCCAUGAAUCUUCACCAUUUAAAAGUUUCUUCAGGAAAUUCAGUCAGAAAGUGUUGGAAGGACUGUCUCUUAUCCUGUUCACAUGCAUGCCUUUUCCUGGGAGGCUGGUCUUCUGUCCUCGUCCUUUGUCAGCAGGGUGCCAGUGAGCCUGUGAAUCUCGGUGGUCUUUUACAAAAACUGCUUUCUGCUCUCUGGGCAAUGUGUGUGUAUCUCAGGAAGGGGAACAUCAGGCCCAUAUGCAUUUACUUUUCACAGGUUACUUUUUUACAAAUGGGCUUAUAUAGUAUUUGAGAUUUUCCAUUUCAGGGUUGCGCAAAUACUAUUAUUUUUUCCAUUGGUAUUUAACACUUUUACCCAGAGAUCUCUAGCUGUUGAUUCAUUCUUCUUUAGUGUUCCAGGCUCAUCAUAUCAUCAUAUCAAAGGAGCUGUGGAAGCAGUGGGAGUCAGAUCCGUGACAGACAAUGCACAGCUUUUCCUGUACUGCCCAUAGCAUCACUCAGGAACUGUUUCCUCCCUCACAGAGAUGCCAACUGCCUUUCCAUCCCAUCAUCACUGUUAGUCAGCAAAUGCACUCCACUCUUUCGUAUCCAAAGUAGAAGAUGUUGUUAACGUGCUUCCUCACUCUGCUCUGUUAACUAAUUCUUCAUUGUUAAUGCUGAAACUGAGAUUUUCCUGAGGCACUGUGGGCAUGCUUUGAAUGCAAGGAGGGGUGCUGUGGAGCAGCAUGUAUCGGAGCUCCAAGGGGAGCCCUGGGGUGCCUCCCGGGAGCAAGAGUGUGAGUCCCAAGCUGCAGAACCGGGAGGGCUGGGCUGUCAGUGCUGCUCCUGCUUGAGUCACUCUUAGCCAGCAGCAGGUCAGCUGGGGGAUGGCUGCAGUCUGAAGAGAAAGCCCAGACCUCGCCAGCUGGCACACAAGGCUCCAAAAGCGACUAUCUACACUUCAUCAGCAUCUUGUAUUAUCUCUCAGAAAUAGUAUUCAACUGCAGGUAAUUGGUAGUGCUCUGGUUUCCUGUGGCUUUCCAUCUGUUCAUUUGUGUUGGGUCAGCUCAACUGCUUUAUAAACAUGGAAAUGUGCUUGAAAUCUGAUGAGCUUGCAACAGGAAAGAAAAUUGACAGUGCUUUUAGAUCUCAAACACCAGAACUGUGGGGCUUUCUACCAAACUCCAGUUCAGGUUUGCAUGUAAUAGUGAAAUAAAAACUUGGCACUUCUUUCAGGCUCAUUUAGAGAAACUGUCCCUAAAUUCUGUAAGAAUUAAAGGAUUAAAUUGUCCUUCAGUGCUUGCAUUCUUCAAAAAAGGCAAAUAAGUUGGAAUCCUGUAGCAGCCAAGAGGUAACAGUGAAGUCAGAUGGCGUGGAAAUUUUUUCAUGUGCCUUUGGUAUGAAAAUGCCUUGAAGUUUGACAACAACAUGGCAAACAUAAUUUACCAUGACCUGCUUUCUAACCCUGGGACAAGAUUAAAUUUGAACUAGUGACAGGUAUCAGAGUAUUUGCUUAAGGAAACAUUGUAAUAGUUAUGUUAAGUCUUUUGGCACGUUCAGUCACCCAUUUCUACUUGAUUUGCAUGAUAAAAUCUCAAGAAAUGGAAUAGAAACACUUUUAAUUCAUAAAGUAACAAUCAUCAAGUUCUUCCAGAAUGUUUUAUCUUUAUACUGAAAUGGUCUGCAGAUUUUUCUGUAAGUUAGGUGGAGUAAAAAAAGGCAAAUUUACCAUCUUACCUGUGGCUUUCUGAUUGCAUCCCGAGUAGAUUAAGAUACAGUUGUGUUUACUUAAUCCAAACAUUUUGAAUUAAAAUUGUCUCUUCAUCUCUUCUUACAAACCCUCCCAUUUCUUAAUGACUCUUAAACUUAUUCCUGUUUUUUUAAUAAAGUUUUCCAUGGUACACACUUAGAGGUAUUUGAGCUAUUUCCUGGCUAUUCUCUCCAAAUAUCUGAGAGAUUAUUUUGUCCCAGUGCCCUACUGCACCAGAUAUUGAACUUUAUCUUGCAGCUCAGCAUCCUCCCAGCUCAGUGUUCCUCUGUGAACAGAACUUUGCCACCCUUGACUUAGGUGUUCUGAGCAGUCAGUGGCUGUGGAGGCCUUCAGUGAAAAUGUUAGUGCCUGUGGCUUCCUGGAAACCUGAGGAGUUUAUCAAGGGUGUGAUGGAUGGGCUGCCACGUGGUGCCUGGGUGGCAGCUGCUUUUGGAAUGUCCUCCCUCCUGGUGCAAAAAGAGAGUUCCCUUUCCCACCUUUGGACAGAUGUUGAGCUUUUAGUCCUGGAUUGUCCUGUUUGUACUUCUAGAGAUCAGCUUUCUCUCUCACCUGUGGAACUUACUUGUUUUUCAAUAUGACUUGCAGAAACAGAGUGUUGCCUAUCAGAUUUUCAGACGUCUUGUACGGCUCUGGGUACUAUUUAAACAACAGUCUGAGUUAUUUGUUUUAAGCUAGGAUAGGAUAUACAUCAUCUCGCAUUCCAGAGCAGAAAAUAAUUAUAAGAAAUAUCUACCUUUUCUGUAUUACUGUUGACAGAUUUUACCCUAUGAAUGUCCUAAUGGACAGUCUGAUUAUUACAGAUAGAUUUCAUAGUUUUCAUAGGUUGAUGCAUUUGUUUUUAUACUAAUGUACACUUCUGAUAGUUUUUGUCUACUGGAAGGUAGGGGAUUGUUUUGGUUUGUUUUUUUUCCAACGGUUCCUCAUCAACUCUCACUUCUGUUAUCUGUUUCCCAAGCUGGUUAUGUAUAGUUGCUACUAUUUUUUAGCUCCUUUCUGGUUUUCAUUCAAUUUCCACGAUUGUCAUUAUGACAUUUGGGACAAGUGCUUUCUAAUCAAAUUCACCUCUUUUGAACUGCCCUAAUUUAUAGGAUCUGACCAAGAAAAUACAUAUUUUAAGUAUAAUUUGUGAUUGCUAGAGAUGCACCUUUUCCUGAUGCAGAUACAGUCAGCAGCUCAAGGUCUGGCUACAAACCUACUUUGUUUCUUGUUUUUCAGGUCAAAGUAACAUCCAAUUAGACUUUGCAUGGCAUGAGGCAGAAACAGGAUUUUCUAGCAUGACAAUGCAGGCAAAGCUCAGAGCAAAUCCAGGCCGGAAACAUCAUGAUCCAAGUUGGAUGGAUGGGGAAAGAGUAGAAAAUGAUCUGCCAAACAGGGAAGGAGAAAGAGCCUUUUACUAAAAGGAAGGGGAAGACUGUUAAACAGAAGAGAGAAAAGUGCAGCAUCUUCUACGGCAUCUGCUCUACAGGCCUAUCGAAAAAUAUCUCUGCAUCGGCUAAAAGUCUUGCUAUCACGAUCCACUUCAGCAAUGACUACAGUGCCACUGUGGGGUAUCUCUCUUCUAAUUUUUAACAGAUUCUCACCGUGACGAAGUUACUUUGUCCUGAAGGCUAAUAAAGGUACUCCUGCAAAGUAAGUACUCUGUGAGAGACAUGGGUCAUAAGAAGUUUACAGUAAGUUGCAGAAACAGUGUCAAGGGGAAUGCUGGUGCAGACAUCUUAAUGAAGUCUCCAUACACUUUUUUCAGUUGGUCUGCAUUGGGGACUUAGUGGUUAACGAGCUUCCCCAGCAAGAUGCAGCUUGCUGUUAGUGCUGUGUGAGACGGGGGUUGUCAAGGUGUGUAGCUGCAAUUAUGAACUGCCUGUUCUCUCUUAUGUGAUGUGCAUCUUGGUCUGAAGAGGAGCAGUCUUGAGGAAACCCUUGAUACAACGUUACCAAUAUUUCAGUAGAUAUCUUCUCACUCUCAUCCUUCCAUCUUCUCCUCAGGCCCCAAGUGCACUCAAGUUACCCCAACUGCAGUCUUCUGUGAGUUGCUUGGCAUUUAGUUUUGAAUUGUGCAGUGUUUUGUGUUGUGCAGUGUGUCUCUGGAUGCCUGCGUGGAGCUGGGGAUUGGUCUGUGUAGGGCAUCAUCCACCACGCUUAACAACUAUUGCAUCAGGGUGAUGUUAAACAUGGGCUUACGGAGUUGUGCGUUUGAGAAUAGUUGGGGAUAUGCAACAAAGAGUGGCUUUGUCUAGACUGAGGGCUACAGGAAGAAAGACCAAUGUGUGAAAUGUGCCAGAGGAAGAAGCAGAAAAUGUGAGAUUUGUGGGAGUUCUGUACAGUACAAAGUAGUAGAACAGCUGGGAGUUUUUUCUCCUGGGGAACUGCAAUCAAAAAAAUAAGAGACUUGUUUUGCUUACUAGAGUGCAGCUGUGAGGAUUUUUCUGAAGAACUAUGGGGUGAUGUGGAGCCAUUCUUUUGCAGCAGGAACCUUUGAUCUGUGAGCAAGGAAGCAUAAAGAAAAGGUCAUAAACUGUUUCCAUUUCUGGCAAAAAGAGGCGAGAAAUCUCAUGUGAUUUUGUUUAGGCAGUUGGUCUGUUGGCAUCUAUCUGAUGCUAUUUUGGAAACCAUUUGGGUGUUUCACCCACCACACUGUGCACACUUUGGCUAUAGGAGUGACUCUGAUGAGAUCCAAGGAGUCUGUCCAGCAUGCCAUUAAUCACUGAAAGAGGAGUAGCAGUGCUGAGGGUGGCUUGUGGGGUAUAUAUUUUCUUCUCAUGAAUUAGUUUGAAAAUUCAGUUCCUAAGGAUCAGACCCUGUCCUUGCAACAGAGAUAUCUCUGCUGAAUUCAGAAAUGUAAAUAGGAAGAAAACUGAAAUUGGACAUUGCAAAAAAGUUUUGCAUUAAGCCUUGGCCUCAGCAUAGGCAGCAGGAAUUGGUAGGAUCAGUACUGAAAGGGUUUUAUACCAAAAUGAUUUCAUGUGGCACCAGGGGUCUGGAUCUGCUGCCAAGCCACAGCUUUGUUUUAUUGUAAACUUAGAGUGAGGUUGAGAUGUAUCUUUUUAGCUUGAAUGAAUUUAACUCAAGUGAAUUCUAGAUAAAGAAAAACCCACUGCUGUUAUGGAAACUUAUGGGAAGUGUGACAUGUCUGUUAAUUGUUAUAAAUAUUUCAAUCUAUGGUGAUGGUUGGCAAUGCCUAGGUAACCAAGAUAGCAUCUCUGGUGUCUCAUUUGUGCAAAGACGGGGGAGACGUGCUCGUAAAACACCUUGUGUUGAGAGAUGGAAAGAGGAGGUUGUAAAUAAUACAAAGGCCAUACUCCAUAUGUGAAGCAUAUGCUGAAGUUACUUGAACUUCAGCAAAAGAAAUUAAGCAAGUUUUUCUUACUCAACCAUUGUGUUCUGAGCUAUUUGUCUUCCAGACCCUUACCCCUGAUGAUUCCACCAUCUGCAACAAGCCCUGUCAGUGAUGCUGCACUCUUGACAAGCAUGGCUUCUCAGGAAGUGUGGAGGUCACCAGUUCCAGGCUAUUCUGGAUUGGCCACACGGCACAUAAGUCAUCGGGCCAACAACUUCAAGAGACAUCCAAAAAGAAAAAAACAUAUCCGCCCUUCGCCACCACCACCACCAAAUACUCCAUGUCCCGUUGAUUUGGCUGACUUUGGGGAUCUCCAGCCUCAGAGGUCUUUCUUGGAGCUCCUGUUCAAUGGGUGCAUUCUCUUUGGGCUUGAAUUCAGUUAUGCCAUGGAAACAGCCUAUGUUACCCCUGUGCUGCUUCAGAUGGGGCUUCCAGACCAACUGUAUGGAAUGGUGUGGUUCAUCAGCCCUAUAUUAGGAUUUUUGCUACAGCCUUUGUUGGGAGCCUGGAGUGACAGAUGCACAUCAAGAUAUGGGAGAAGAAGACCUUUCAUUCUGGUCUUAGCAGUAGGAGCAUUGCUUGGCCUCUCACUUAUGCUGAAUGGCAAAGAUAUAGGGAGUGCCUUAUCUGACACUGAGAAUAACCACAAAUGGGGGAUCAUUCUUACGGUCUGUGGUGUUGUCCUCAUGGACUUCAGUGCAGAUUCAGCAGACAAUCCCAGUCAUGCCUACAUGAUGGAUGUGUGCAGCCCAGUGGAUCAAGACAGGGGCCUCAACAUCCACGCUUUGUUAGCAGGUCUUGGAGGUGGCUUUGGUUAUGUUGUUGGAGGAAUACACUGGGAUAAAACCAGUUUUGGAAAAGCUGUAGGAGGGCAACUUCGCGUCAUCUAUCUCUUCACCUCAGUUAUACUGGCUAUUGCUACUGUGCUGACUCUAAUUAGCAUUCCAGAAAGACCCUUAAGGUCCUUUAGCCGGAAGAAAAAGGUGAUGAAGAGUCCAAGUCUUCCUCUCCCUCCUUCUCCACCUUUCUUCUUUGAGGAGGGUGUAAAUGAAAACUUUGCUUCUCAUAACUCAGCUCACUUACAUGCAAGUUUUUCAAGUCCCGUUUCCCCCAUCAGCCCACUCACGCCAAAAUACGGGAGUUUUGUCAGCAGAGACAAUUCUUUGACGGGAAUAAAUGAGUUUGCAUCAUCAUUUGGGACUUCAAACAUUGACAGUGUGCUUAUAGACUGUUUUACAGGCGGGCACAAUAGUUAUGUAGCACUUCCAGCUAGUUUGGCCAGGCAGCCUGUCAGUGUUAGCUUUCCUCAGGUGCCUGAUGGCUGUUACCAAGGAGAAUAUGGAGUUCUGGAGCAAGGGGAGAGCAGCAUAACACCUGACAGCGACUCACUAAGAGUGGGCUCACUGGAUGCAAUAAAGCCACGGUCGUCAGGGAUCUUGAAAAGACCUCAGACCUUGACCAUUCCAGAUACCGCAACAGGACACUGCACAGAGAGUAACAGAAGAAGAAAUGUAACCUUCAGCCAACAGGUUGCUAAUAUCUUGCUGAAUGGUGUUAAGUAUGAAAGCGAGCUGAAUGAAUCAGACGAGACCUCUGAGCAACCACUCUCUGUGAAACUGCUUUGUUCGACCAUCUGCCAGAUGCCCAGGACUCUUCGUAACCUCUGCAUCAACCACUUCUUAGGAUGGCUUUCGUUUGAGGGGAUGUUACUUUUCUAUACUGACUUCAUGGGAGAAGUAGUGUUUCAAGGGAAUCCAAAAGCACCUCACAACUCAGAUGAGUAUCAGAAGUACAACGCUGGGGUCACCAUGGGCUGCUGGGGAAUGUGCAUCUAUGCAUUCAGUGCUGCUUUCUAUUCAGCCAUGCUGGAGAAGCUGGAGGAGCGGUUCAGCACACGGACGCUGUACUUUGUGGCAUAUUUGGCCUUUGGGCUGGGCACGGGCCUGGCCACCCUCUCCAGAAAUGUCUAUGUGGUGCUGUCACUGUGCUCUACCUACGGCAUUCUGUUCGCUACGCUCUGCACAUUGCCCUACUCCCUGCUCUGUGACUACUACCAGAGCCGUGAGUUUGUAAGCUUGCAGGCAGAGGGCAUGCGACGUGGGAUGGGCGUUGACAUCUCCUUGCUGAGCUGCCAGUACUUCCUGGCACAGAUCCUCGUGGCUCUGGCCAUGGGGCCCCUGACAGCGGCUGUGGGCAGUGCCAGCAGUGCCAUGUACUUCGCCAGCCUGGUGUCCUUCCUGGGCUGUCUCUUCUCUUCCCUCUGCGUCACCUACGAGCUGCUGCCCACCGAGGAGCUGCCACCUGCUGAGGAGCAGCGUCCACUCUUGCCCCAUGCGCAGAAUGAAUAAAUGGGAGAAGCUGCCACAGCCUCUGCUGCCUCAUUGCAUCACUGUCAGCCUUCCUAUUGUGGCAUAACAGGUUUGUGCACCCCUGGGAUGGCAGCAGUGGGCAUGGCACAUUGCGAGAAAGGUCUGCACUGGCUUUGCUGAGCUUUCCCCUUCCUGUGGGAAGGUGAGGUCCUUCCCCUGAGGUGGCAAAGGCCUGUCUGUGCCCCUGGGGCCACAGCAGCAGGAAGUGGUGGGACCAUUCCCUCGAGCUGCCUCGUAGUGCUGUCAUUCCCAGGGGAACCAGUGGUAUUGUCCAGCAUGAGGCAGGAGGCCUAGAAGUCUGGUACCUGGGCAGGGCAACCUCAGUCUCUCGAGUGGCAGAGAGCUGCUGGGCUGGGCUGGGCUGCACACACCGCUGUGGGUACUGCCACUGUCGGAACAGUGAUCUGCCAGUCUGGUGGGCAGAAGGUGCCAUCUCAUGGCCAGGCAGAGCCCGAUCCUCCAUCGCCAAGGGCAGUGGUGAUUCUUGGGAAGCUUUUGGGAGCUGUGGGUCCAACCUACAGCCUCUGCCUGUGGUAGGCUGGGCUCUGGAGGGUGCUUUCCAAAACUUUGGAAAGGCUGAGAGCAACUGGUCCUGCUUGGGUGGUAUAAGUACUCUGUGAAGUGCCAUGGUUGGACUUCUGGUUGCACAGAGCUCCCACCAAGUGCUACGAGAAACCACUGUGGGCUGAAAGUGGCAUGGCCUGGUUCCCAAACCCUGCUUGUUAGGUCCUGGCUGUGGUCCUUGGUAAUGUUUGCCAAUAUGUGCAGAUUUCCUUCCACAUUAGACUUUUAAUUAAGGCUACAGGGGUUUGUGAUGACCUAGCAGGAGGAUGGAGAGUUGUCCAUAAUCCAGCUGUGGGGAGAAGGGUCUUUUUCCAUCAACCUCUUUUGGGUAGAAGCUUAGUCUCAGAGCUAAGCUGAGUAUUUAAGAAAAAUAAUUUGUACGAAAGCCUUCAUCACAUCAUCUUUGUUUAUAUAGUUUUACCUUGUGACAUUUUAAAAUCUGCAUGGGGACCAGCAAGUAAGUGCUUGUCAGCUAGAACUACAUCUUCCAUAUCUCAGUAAAACUAGUAAAAGGGCUUUGGGUUUCAUUAUCUGCGAGAUUUCUUAAUUAUUCCGAUUUUAGAAGGUGGUAAAUAUGUGAGAACUUGUAAAAGUUCUAGUUAAGGCCAGGAGUUAAUUUUAAGUCAGAAAUAAAAUUAAAACUAUUUCUAAAAUCCCUAUCAGUCUGCUUCUGUAUUUGGGUAGGCAGCCAAUGUUUACCAAGGCUGAUGGACACUUUGAUGUUUACAUGUGCAUGGCAUCCCUGUAAAGGUUAUUUUUGCUUAUCUGGUCUUUAGGUCUUGAAUAAGGGUUGUCACGGGAGGGUCACUCCUUUUAAAUGAGUUGUACUUAAUUGUACACCUAAGUUUAUUCUGAUGCUUGAUCUAUGAUGCCAAGAUGAAAUAAUUAGUGUAAUCCUUAGCUGUUGUGGCUUACUAUACUUCUGUGCUGAAAGCAUAAUACACAACUUGUAAGAACCCCUCCUUUUUUAUCAUCUGUUCCUCCUUUUUAAAAAAUUUAUUUUAGAAGCAAGUUUCAUGUUACUCAGCAUUGACUUAAAUGGAGGAAUACUAUUAAGAUUACAAAGUCAGGCACUCAGAGGUAAAGGAUUAUCAUAUUGAUGAGUAUGUUCAUCUUUAAUUUCAUUUGGGCUUACGUACUGUCAUAUCUGCAGGAAUAUCUGUGAUGUGCCAUUUCCUUGAUUAUGGGACAGCUGUCUCCAAAAAUGUUCAGGACAAAGCUGGAAUAAAAUAGCAUGAGAAAUUGUUGGUGCUUCUGAUUUUUGACAAUGUAAAAAGACUUGACUUUGGAAAAUUUUUCUUUUCUUGUUGGUCUGCAUUAUCAUCUUAAUUUCUCUCCCUUCUCAAACUUUUAAACUCAAAAAUUAUUUUAUUUCUUUGUUUGGUCCCACUAGCUAAUGUGGUAUCAGGUCUUAAAAUGUUUUUUCCUCUUAAGUUUUGUAGCCUUUAUUGCACUAAAUGAAUUGUGAGCACUUUCCUUUUCUAGGUAGCUGGAGCAGCAGAUCACUUUGUUACAAGUGAAAAUCUUCAAAAUGUUCACAGAAUUGAUUAAAUCAGUGUAUCUGAUAAUAAUGUUUGUCUCCAUUACCAUCAUCUGUAAAUAUUAUGAACGAUGUUUAUAUAGGUAUAAAACUCUUGCUAUGCCUAUAUGCAUUACCCGAUAAAAUAUAUAUUACAUUUUUUAUUUUA